AUGUCGUCGUCGCGAAAAAGAACGAAAAACGAUCGCAGGGUGGAAACGCUGGACGGUUUUCGAGGCUUUUGCCGAUACGUCGGCCCGGUGCGUGGUCAAACCGGGACCUGGGUCGGCGUCGAAUGGGACGACUCGAACAGAGGGAAACACGACGGGAAACACGACGGAAAGAGGUAUUUCGAGUGCAAACGAAAAGGAAAAGAGGCGGAGACGAAACGAGCGAGUUUCGUGCGCGCGCAGAAAGUCGCGCCUGGGACGGAUUUCGUCUCCGCGGCGAAGGAGAAGUACGAAUUUGAAAGUCAAGAUGCGCAAUUGGAGAAGCGAUUGGUUUUCGGAGGAAAAGCGAAGAAAACGGACGAAAACGAAGAGGAGGACGUAACGAUCGAGUUGAAGACAAAAUUGAGCUUACAGAAGAAACUGAACGAGUUGGAGAGGAUUUUGCUUCCGAACGCGAGGUUGGAGAGGGUGACUGGACGCGCCGCGCGAACGGAGGACGACGAGGGAGAGGAGGCGAGACCGUCGUCGUCGUCGUCGUCUUUGAACGAAGAAGAAGGAGAAGAAGUACUCGCGAAGACGUUCAACGCGAACGCGACACACGUGGACGUUUCUGGGAACUUGAUGACAUCUUUUGUCGAGCUCGGGAAGAUUGGGAAGUAUUUUAGGAACCUUGAAAUUUUAGACGCGUCGGAUGCGUAUUACGACGAGGACGUUGGCGAUAUCGAGAGCGGCGACGCAUCUGCGUUGGCGAAGGAAGUCGCGCUCGCGGCUUCGCAGUUUAGAAAUUUGAAGACGUUAGCGCUGAAUAAGACGCGAACGAGUUGGGCAAAGGCACUUUUGAUUAUCGACCAGAUGCCGAAUUUAGAAGAGUUGAGGUUGGAUAGGAACGAGUUGCAAAAUAUAGCGGCGGUGGACGAACGAGCUUCGCGGAAAUAUUUCCCCAAGGUGAAAGUGUUAAGUUUGGACGGGAACACGUGCAUCAAGUGGGACGAUUUAUGGGCCUUGCGUUUUCUGCCAAGCUUGCAAACUCUGUACGCGUCGGAUUGUUCGGUCGAGCACAUCGCGUAUCAAGAUGAUGAUGAAAAUAAUAAUAACAAUACCAACACGAACGACGACGACAAACGCUUCUUUCGAAACCUUCGAGGAUUGUUUCUCGGGUACAAUCGCGUGCGCUCGUGGCAAUCCGUCGACGUAAUAGACCAUUUUCCAAGGCUCGAGUGUGUUCGACUCUCGCACAAUCCGUUUUGUGAAAACGAUAGCGCGAGUCGCCACGAAAUCGUCGCGAGAGCAGGUAAGUUACUCUCCUUGAACGCUUCAGAAAUUACAGAGAGAGAACGGAGGGAGAGUGAAAUUCGAUAUUUGCGCAACGUCGUGGCGGAAGUUUCGUCUUCGAGUAGCAUCAGACUCGAAGAUAAAGAACUCGACGCAAAGAUGGGCUCGGACGAAGUGCUCGCAAAACACCCCCGCGCGAAGGCAUUGAAAGAAAUGCACGGCGAGAGGGCGUUAGCUGGCGUGCAAACGACAAAAACGACGCAGUCGCAACAGCAGCUCGAAUCCAGAGAAUCUGGCAACGGUACAUCUACAAACGGAGGCGGCGCGAGUUCGUCCAUCUCGCUCGCACUUACCCUCACCCGCGAAGGCAAAGGAUCAAAAGACCGCACUUUCCCAAAAAGCGUCACCGUAGCUCGGGUGAAGACGACGUGCGAGAAGUUAUUCGGCAUGAAAUUAGGCACGAGUACGCUCGCGAUUCGCGACCGCGACGAAGACGAAACAGAAAAAUAUACAGAACUCGAACCGGACGAGGACACCUUAGCGUAUUUAGGCGUAGAAAGCGGCGCGGAGAUUUUCGUGCUGUGA